AUGUCUUUAAGUGUUACAAGAGAAAGACGUGCAAAUGCUGGCAAUCGGUAUCAAAAUCAAAGAGAAGAUAUUGAAAUGGAAGUUGGUGAUGAAUACGGAGAUACAUUCAAAGAGCUUUCAGACGAUGAAGAGUUUAUGGAGUCAAGUGACUUAUCAAUUUAUAUAUAUAUAAUAUACAAAUUCAAUAACAUACCAAUGAAAAAGGCAAGAAGGGCUCUUAUUUUACCACCUUUAUCAAUAAAUCUUCGUAAAAGAAAAACAGAUCAAUUGUCCAACGAGGAUAUUUGCAACAAUUCUGUAAAACACUUUUCUUCUCAAAAGAAAGAUCUCACUCAAUCAAAAAGAAGAAAUCCCAAAUCAAUUAACAAUAACAACUUGGAAGAUGAUAAACAACAAUUGGUUCCAAUUUUACCUGGAUUGUUAUAUCCAAAACGAGAAAAAAUUGUAUCAGAAAUAUUAACGCAAGAAGAACUCCUUGCAGAAGCAAAAGAAACUGAAGCACGAAAUUUGGCAUCGCUCAAAGAAUUUGAAUUAAGAGAAAAUAAAAUAAAAAACACCGUUAGACGAAGCAAUAGAGUAUCUCUUGAAAAUCAACCAAGGAUAAUCUGUCCAAUUACAGGACUUCCAGCAAAAUAUAAAGAUCCAAGAUCUGGCAUACCAUAUGCAAAUAUGGAGGCUUAUUUUAAAAUUCAAGAAUUAAUCAAUCAUCAAUAUACUUGGUAUGGUAAAGGUUGUGUUUAUUUGAAUGACGCUGAUCAAUCUCCUGCUAAAGGCGUUCCUGAUAAAUUUGGCAAAUAG